CAGUAAUCACGACUUUUCUAUUUCUUUUCUGAUUUACGAGCCCACGUGGCAUCUUUCAGAUUCAUUAUGCAUGGACAAAAGUGUACCUGGGAAUGAAUGAUCCUUUUUUUUUUUUCCUUUUCCUUUUUUUUUUUCCUCUUUUCCCUUGUACUAAAUAGCUUGGGGCUUUGGGGGGUUUUGAUUCUUUAGUUUUUUAACAGAAGUGCCUUUUUUCCUUUUGACAACUGUCUGAAAUAUGUUCCUUUAAGAACCUCCUACAUAGUAUGUAUUUGCAAUUUGUAAACACAAUAUGUCAAAGAAUGAUUUGAUUCAGUGGUGAGGCAGACAGCUAUUUGCAUGUCAUGAGGUCUAAGGGAAACAAACUGACCCUCAGCCUUCCUCCAUCCAGCCAAAUUCUGAUGGGACCCUCAAAUAGCUCUGGCAAAGUGUUCUGUUUCUUUUGGACUUGAUGAAUGCUUGUUUCUGUGAAGACACGUAAUUAUUUCUUCCUUUAUUUUGCUGCACAAGUUACCAGAAGAAGCAGCUUAGAACCAAAUAGGACGAACAAGAAGCUGAACACCUCCGCUUCCUGCCCUUUCUCCCAUCAGCCCUGCUCCAAAAGGGGUUCACUGCCUUCAGAAGUCCUGUUGUCAGCUCUCUUCAAGAACUUCUUACAUUACCACAUAGAGAAUCCAGCCAGAAUGACCAGCAAUCACACAGACUGUCAUUACUGCCUGCAGUCUCUUCGUGGAAGGAAGUACGCAUUAAGAGAAGAAAACGCUUAUUGUGUUACAUGUUAUGACAGGCUGUUUGCCAACCCCUGUGAAGAGUGCAAGCAACCUAUUGAGUGUGAUUCCAAGGAUCUGGCCUACAAAGGCCGCCACUGGCAUGAGAGGUGCUUCAAGUGUGCCAAAUGCAGUCGCUCACUGGUGGAGAAACCAUUUGCUGCCAAAGACGAGCUCUUGCUGUGUACUGAAUGCUACUCUGAUGAGUAUUCAUCUAAGUGUUUCCACUGCCAGAAGACCAUUAUGCCUGGUUCCCGUAAAAUGGAAUUUAAGGGAAGUUCCUGGCACGAAUCCUGUUUCGUUUGCCAGUAUUGCCGGCAGCCAUUGGGAACAAAACCAUUGAUCACCAAAGGCAAUGAGAAUUACUGCGUGCCCUGUUUUGAGAAGCAAUUUGCUCACCAUUGCUACUCCUGCAAAAAGGUAAUAACUUCUGGGGGAGUGACCUACCACGACCAGCCUUGGCACAAAGAAUGUUUUGUGUGUGCUGGCUGUAAAACCCAGCUGUCUGGACAAAGGUUUAUUUCCAAAGAUGAAUAUCCAUACUGUGUAGACUGUUUCAGCAAACUGUACGCUAAGAAGUGUGCUGCCUGCAGGAAACCUAUCACAGCUCUCGGAGGUGCCAAAUUUAUCUCUUUUGAAGAGCGCCAGUGGCACGGGGAAUGCUUUAACUGUGCAAAAUGCUCUGUCUCGCUGGUGGGCCAAGGAUUCCUCACUUGGCAGGAUGAUGUCCUUUGUCAUGAAUGUGGCUCUGCUUCGUAGUUCUGUGGAGAGCUGUACAAAUGCAUUAUGCUCGCUCUGUAACCAUGUACUUCAUUACUCUGCAGUAAGAAAAUUAUCUAAAAGGUAUAACAGUUAUUUAGUCAUUCAAGUAACUUUCCAACAGCAGUUUAAUUCUAUCAUAGUUCUCAACUGCCUGUAAAAAAGAUUUAAACAGCCCCAUACUGGCUAAGAAAAUAAUGCAGAAAAGAUUUGCAUAUAUUUUAAACCUAACUACAGCAUGUUUCUCCUUGUAACACACUGCACUCUGCUGUUAGACGCUUAAAAAUUUACACUUCAUCUCCCAUGAACCAAGGAAGAUUGUGAAAAUUCUGCAUGGCAUAUGACUAAUGAUGAGGCAUUAGCACGGCUUCACAGGUGCAGACCUUGGUGUGGAAAGCUGGGCACAUGCGUUUUUCUAUUGGAUCAUAAGGUUGAUGAGAACAACUUGUAAAUAUCAACUUCCUCCAUACUUUGGGCAAAAAAGCUGCUGACAAAGCAGGCAGAAAGUGGGAGGAAGGACUACUUUUACACAGAGGGCCACUGAGUUGGAGAGGCCCAUUCCAGGGCCAGAUAAAGGGAAAAAAGGUAAUUUUCCUCCCCUUAGUGAGAUUGCUCCUCAGAAACGCGGUCUUUAGUCAUCAAAAAAUCUGCGUGACAGAUCCUUUCCCAAAAUUGGUUAACUGUACUUAAUUUUUCAGGCAUAACUGCUUUAGAACAUAAAUAAACCUGUAUUUUGAGCUACUGUAACAGGGAAUGAUUGCCCAAGAUAGGAUAGUGCUAAUGUACUCUUUCCCAUAGCUACUAUACUUUAAGACUCUGUCUCUAUUGUCUUCACUAGACCUUCAUAUACAUGCAUAAAAAUCUAUUUUUUUUUAUUAGCAGAAACAAAAGCCAACUCGUAUUUGUCCCUUUAACCUUGCACUUUCCUCCUCUCAGAGCACAUUUGCCAGCAAUAAAAACACUGUUAAUAGCCUUACCGUUUCCACCCUGCCAGGUCUUUGAUCCAUGUUCCAUCCCUUUACUUGUAAAUGCCUGCUUGUCUAUAGCAGGCUAUAAGCUCUUGAGAACCAAUACCCGAUUCAUUUUGUCAUGUGCCACAUGCAUUUGCCAAUAUUCUGUCAAGAAUUGGUAAUGUUGUCAUUGCAAGCUAGGAAGUCCUCACUUGUAGUUCUAUUAGUUUCUAGUGGGCUUUGAGAAGGUUGUAUCUGCUUGCUUGAGCUUCAGCACUCAAGUGUCUAUUAUUAAAGGUAAUCUAGAGCUGAGUUACAAGCAUUUCUCUUCUUACUUCUUCCACGCUAUAUGUUACAAUGGCCUGAUUCAUGUUACAGUGUCUGUACCAGGCUGUUGUGAACAGUGCAGUGAUAUUAAGGAUGGCAGAUUCUGCACCACUCAGCACUGUUUUAGUCCUUAAAGAUGUUAAGUCAUACGGUCUCCUUUAGACUCUGACCUUAAGUGCAUGGUGUUAUUUGGCUGACUUGAGCAGACUAUUCAUACUGAAGCCAACUAGUACUUUAGGUAGAAAAAUGACAAAAAAGAGAAAAAAAAACAAAAACAAAGAAACCCCCCCCAAAAAAGAAUAUGUGUGCAUAGCUAAGCCAGAGCUGAACUGUGGUGGCACAAAAUCAAUAUGGAUAAUGACUGACCAACAAGUACAUAGCGGUCUGUUUUCCAGUCAAUAAAAUAUUGAUCUUUUGCUCUA